UCAACGUUGAAGCCCGAAGGCAUGAGGAAAAGCAUCAAUUUCAAUCUAUGAGCCCUAGCAAAGAACACAAACCAACCCAUGUUAUCAUAUUGAUCGUGUCUUUAAAGCUUGAGCUCUCAUCACUUUUGUUAAUUGCCUUCGCCUCACUCCACCAUCUUCAUCUCUAUAAAUUCAAAUUUCAAAAACCCCCUUUAUCCCCUCUCUUCGUAAACCCUCUCUGACCAUUGUCUCUAAUGGCUGCUCCAAACGGAUCUCACGCAACUUGGACAAAUCAAGUUCCGAUAGCUGUAGCACCACUCAACUGUGUCCCAUACACGGGCCCACCUCUUGACAACUCAGACGUUGACAUGGCACAAAAAGAAUCCAACCAAGUUUCAAAGAAUCAGCCAGCCAUGGUGUUUCUGCCGCCACAAACCACCGAGAAAGAACUGAACGAUAUUCUGGAGACCACCACACACGGGGUGGUGGUGUCGGGUGGUGCCGCCAGCGGGAAAUUUGGACCGCUUAUCGGUUCCGUUGAUAUCUCCGAAUCUCAUGACACUUUUCUAUUUCGUGUUGCUCUUCCAGGUGUCAAGAAUGAUCAAAAGUUUAAAUGUGACAUUCAAGAAGAUGGAAGCAUUACAAUUGAAGGGGCAACAGAAACAGGGGAGAAAAAAGUUCAUGUCCACAACAUGGUGUUUGAGAUGCACACACAAAACCUUUGUCCACCUGGCAACUUCUCGGUUUCCUUCCAGUUGGGUGGGCCCGUUGACCCUUUGACUUUAGAGAAGGAGUUGGCUAAUGGUGUUCUUGAGGGUGUUGUUAAGAAAAAACCACUCAAGGGUUUGUGAUUCAUUUUGUUAUUGAUUGAUGUAUAUUGGAGUUGAAGAUACAUGAUUAGUAGUUGUUUUGAUGAGAGUGGACUUGUGUUUUUGAAGGUCCUUGAGGAUUUUCUUGUUGUAAUGUUUGUCUUGUUUUGUCUCUUGUUUAUGCCAUUUUUGGCACAUUGAACAAAAGAAAAGUAGAAGAAGAAUGAGGUUUAGGAUUUAAA